UUAUUUCUUGAUUGAUUGAUACAUUUGCAAUUAUUGGGCUUCCGCCGCCGACCUCCGUAGCGUAGUCGGAUGCACACCGGCUGACGUUGCGAGGGGUCCUGUGUUCGAGUCCCGGUAGAAAUGGAGCCCGUAGCACUGCCCCAGAAGAGAUACUACAGGCAGCGAGCUCACUCCAAUCCAAUAGCAGACCACUGCAUCGACUACCCCAAGAGGCCCUGUGACAUGGACUGGUCGCAGCUGUAUCCAGACUACUUUCCUCCCGGAGACAACAUUCCGGCCAAGUGCGUCGAGUUUGCGGACAUCGGUUGUGGAUACGGCGGGCUUUUAGUGACCCUCUCGCCCUUGUUCCCCGACACGCUCGUGCUGGGCAUGGAGAUACGCGUGAAGGUGUCGGACUACGUGAUGGACCGCAUCGCCGCGCUGAGGUCGCAGCACGCGGGCUGCUUCCGCAACAUCGCCUGCCUGCGCUCCAACGCCAUGAAGUACCUGCCCAACUACUUCCGCAAGGGACAGCUGAAGAAGAUGUUCUUCCUGUACCCGGAUCCGCACUUCAAGAAGGCGAAGCACAAGUGGCGGAUCAUCAACAAGACCCUGCUGGCGGAGUACGCGUAUGUGCUGGCCGAACACGCGGUGGUGUACACGGUGACUGACGUCGAGGAUCUUCACCACUGGAUGGUGCAGCACUUCCAAGACCACCCGCUGUUUGAACGCAUCCCCGACGAGGAACUGAGCGGUGAUCCGGUGGUAGAGAAACUGUACGACAGCUCGGAGGAAGGCCAGAAGGUGACUCGCAACAAGGGCAGGAAGUACCUCGCCAUCUUCAGGAGGAGAGCUGACCCGACAGGGAGCAGCUAGUUCUCGGAACCUCGUUCACGCCCACGUACGAGAGCGUUCGUAUCAGUAACAGUUCUGCUUCCAGAGCAGAAAAUUUACUCUUGUUUCGCAGGGAUCGAGGAACUUUUAUAACUACCACUGAGACCAUCAUGUAUUGUUUUUGUUACACUUUGAUUUUAGUUCUGGAAUGCUAUUCAUGAAUAUUUACUGUAUUUACUGUAUUCACCCGGAAAUAAGACCAAAGUUAUUCAUCGAAAGACCAUCCAAAAAAUUGGAGGUCAUCUUACAAUUGACAGCAAUGGGGAAAAGGUAAAAUGAUUAGCAGUUGAAUUGUAAAAAUAUUGAAAAAUUUGUUUUAAUUUACAGCAUUUUGAUUUAUUUUUAUAUUGAAUGGAAGCAUUCUUAAUGAGAUUAAAUAUAAUUGAAGCAUUUUAAUUCUCAUAUGAAUUUAUAAUUGAGGGUUGUCUUACAUUCAGGGUUACCUUUUUUUCGGGUGACUAUGAUUUAUUAUGUUACAGUGCAAACAUUUGCUAAUUAUAUUUGAUUUAUUAUGAAAUUUGAUAUUUUUGUAAUGUAUUCCAACUCUUUUUAAUUUCCUGCAUUUACCAAAUAUAUAAUAUAUUAUUACAUUUUAAGAUUGUCAAUCCGUUAAGUUGUUCUGGUGACUGCAGUUAACUCUGGGAAACUGAACCUGUAAGGAACAUUGGAAACUUAAAUGUAUUGGCGUAAUAGCACAAUCAGGAAUUGAGCAUGUGGCUGAAUUUAACUCGACUUGGAAACCUUACCGGACCAUAACAUUUCACCAAAUAGUAGUAAGUACAGUCAGUUUUUUACCUUGUUAGUUGUUUAUUAACUUAAAAAAUACAACAUGUAAAAGCAUAAUUAAAAAUUUUAAUGGCAGUUUCA